UGUGUCUGUGAGAGAGAGAGAGAAGGAGGAGAGCAUGGCAUCCAUGGUAAUUCCUUCGUUCUCGCAUUCCUACCUGAACCUGCAUUUUCCGGUGACUCGCCAGAAGGGUUGUUUGACAACAAUGACAAGAAGAAGAAGAAGAAGGAUGUCUUCUCUCCUCAUGACCACUCGCUCUAGUCUAUCCGACAACUCUGGUCUCCUCCAAGCUGCCAAACAUACUG